AUGGACAGACUCCCGCCGUACGAUUACACAUCCUACGUGUUCGGUGCCCGUGUAGCCAUCAUCACUUGCUCACUUUUCGAGCUUCUUCAAAUGUUUGGAUCUCUGGAAGAGACUUCCAGCUUCUCCAAAUUGUUCUACCUCAUCUUUGCUGGAACAUCUGCAGCAGCAUCCGGUUACAACAUUGCAUAUGGUACGGAUGGUCGCGAUGAAAUCCGAAAAGUUGUUGGCAAUCCGGACUGUGAGACACGUGGAAAGUCAGCUGCUUACGCAGAGAGAUCAACGAGGCGAACUCGCGCGAAAUAUAUGAGACCACAACAGAAGGGAAUGGGGAAGAAGGAGAAGAAGAAGAAGCAACGAACGGACAUAACCAGAAUGGAAGCAGAAGGAAAGAGAGGGAAAGAGGCGAGCUCAGCGAAAAACCGGACGGGAUGCUGCUAG